AUGGCAACCUCAAUCUGUUUGACGCUUUGGGUGUUACUCAUAGCAGAUAAUGUGUGGACACAGAGUGUGAGACAGGCCUAUGAGGUACAGGAUCCAGAGGACUGGGAUGUGCAUGAUGAUUUUUAUUGUCCCAGGGAAUGUUUUUGUCCACCUAGUUUCCCUACUGCCUUAUACUGUGAGAACAGAGGUCUCAGAGAAAUCCCUGCUAUUCCUUCAAGGAUCUGGUACCUCUACCUGGAAAACAACCAGAUAGAAACCAUACCCGAGAAACCAUUUGAGAACGCUACCCAGCUAAGAUGGAUCAAUUUAAACAAGAACAAAAUAACCAACUAUGGGAUUGAGAAGGGGGCUCUAAGCCAGCUAAAGAAACUUCUUUUCCUGUUUCUAGAAGACAAUGAGCUAGACGAGGUACCUUCUCCAUUGCCAAGAAGUUUGGAACAGUUACAGUUAGCUAGAAACAAGGUCUCCAGAAUCCCUCAGGGGACCUUCAGUAAUCUGGAAAACCUGACCCUUCUUGACCUACAGCAUAACAAACUUAUAGAUAACGCCUUUCAAAGAGACACCUUCAAGGGACUUAAGAACCUCAUGCAGCUAAACAUGGCCAAGAAUGCCCUGAGGAACAUGCCUCCAAGAUUACCAGCCAACACCAUGCAGCUGUUUCUGGACAACAACUCCAUUGAAGCAAUACCCGAAAAUUAUUUCAAUGUGAUUCCUAAAGUGGCCUUCCUGAGACUUAACCACAACAGACUGUCAGAUGCAGGCCUCCCGUCGAGAGGUUUUGAUGUGUCGUCAAUUCUGGAUCUCCAACUGUCUCACAACCAGCUCACAAACUUUCCCCGAAUUAACGCUAACCUGCAGCACCUUCACCUUGAUCACAACAAAAUUAAAAAUGUGAACAUCUCAGUAAUAUGUCCCACCACACUGCGUGCAGAACAGGAUGCCUUCAUUCACGGACCUCAACUGAGCUACCUGCGCCUGGAUGGGAAUGAAAUCAAGCCACCAAUCCCAAUAGAUUUAGUGACAUGCUUCAAGCUUCUUCAGGCCUUCAUUAUAUAA